AUGGAGAGUCAGAGCAAGAAGGUGGCGAAGGUCCACACCAGGCCGGGGCAGGACGUUCGGAAGGAGCGGCGAUCGGCCACCGGCAUGAGCGGCGCACCGAAGAAGGGCGGCUGCGGCGGCAAAUUCACGUGGUCCGGCGACCGGCUGUACGCCGGCGGGGAGGAAGACGCCGUGCUGAUGAUGGCGAAGGGGGCCAUGGACGACAAGGACCCUAACUUUGAAGAUCCGGAAGAAGAGGAAGCAGGAGUGGACGGGAAGGGCGUCUGA